AUGAUUCCAUCACCCAAGUUCGCUUCUCUCAUUGGCAGCGUUACGCUUGCUUUCGUUCUCGCUGCUUCGAUUCGCCCCGUCAACACAGCUCCUGUUAUUCGAAGGCAAGAUGCAGCGGCAGCUCCUGCUGGGUACAUCUCUGUCGCUCAGCCUCAGAUGUCAGAGCAGGAUAUUUACGCAGUUGGAAUUCCACCUUCGACACCCAUGACAGAGCAAGAUAUCUAUGCUGUGGGUAACCCACCCCUGCCUGCUGCUGAUCCCGCGAGUCAGCUCGAACAGAUUCUCAAAGUUGCAGCUCAAGCGGCGUUGUCGACGAGUAAUACCACCAUGAACGCGGUGAAUCACUACGAUGCGACUCCUUCCACUACGCUCGCUAGUCCGGAACAGGUUAGUCAGGUGGGAACGACCGAGUCAGUGCAGCAGAUGACGGGUAAUGCGGCUGAGGGAGGUCUGUUUAAGCAAGCUGCAGGUGUGUCUACAGCGGGGCAGGGGAGUGAUACUUAUCAAAAUGUGAUUGCUCAGCAGAUGGAGCUGUUAGGGAACAAGGCGAGGAGAGGGUUGGAAGAGAUGGUAGCGAGGCAGUUGGGGUUGGGUGUGCCUACGCCGUUGAGCGAGACUGGGGUGGUGAGUGCUGCUGUGCCGGAGGUGACGGGUGCUGCUGCUCCUGUCGUUAGUGCGGUGGGAAGUCCUGCUGCUCCGGCUGCUACUGCUGUGACGGGAGCUACAGCAGCUGUAUCGGUCGCUCCCCCUGCUCCGAGCGACUUCAGCUCGCCUCCUGUACCUACUGUUCCCUCUGGUGCUGCGGAUACUGUUCCUAGUCUUUCCGCUGCUGUACCUUCUGCGCCUGUUCGAGAUGCGCCGGUGCCUACGUCUGAUCUUGCCACUGCUUCUGUACUAACCGAUCUCCCCACGUCAGCUGUGCCGACGGACCUUCCAACUUGGGCGGUACCCGAAGUCCCAGCUAGCCUUCCUCCAGCAUCUGGCCCUUCCGCCCCCGCGGUCCCCAUCCCCUCCGUUCUCCCAAGCUUGGAAGCAGCAGCAGCAUCAGCAACCACCCUCCUUCCCACCUCCGAUGCCGCUCGCCUCCCUCUCAAGACGGCUUCGGCUGAAGAAGUAAUCAUGACGGUCACUUUUCCCACCAAAGCGCUCCCCACAUCCAUCGCUGGCUUACCCAACCGCAAAAUCAACAACGCUGCUAAAGCUGACGAUGAUGAAGGGGAUUGGAAGACGAUGACCAUCUUAGUCCCUGCCGAAGCAUUCGGGUCUGCGGCUGGAGCAAAGACUCCAGCGGCCCAACCUCCUGCUUCUUCUGCUAGUGCGGAUGAACAGGUGGCUUCGUCUACCUCCAACCCCGCAUCAGCCAAAGCUACACCUAUGGAGGCACCGAUCAAUCUCUCCUCUUUCACCUCUAUGAAAGCGGCUGUUACUGGAGUUGUAACCAUCCCUCUCACAGGUGUGAUUGACGGAAUGACUUAUUCGACUAUGCUCACCCUUACCAUUCCUCGGUUUGGUGGUCCAGCUAGUUUCACCUCCGCUCCUGCUUUGACAACAUCUGUACCGGUCUCUGCUACAGAUAAAGCUAACUUGGCAGCCGUCACAUCAGCACCAGUCACCAAAAGCGCCCCUGCCUCCUCGGCUAAGCCAACUUGCACCGCUAGUGUAGACCCAGCUUCUAUUCACCCAGAUGACAUCCCUCCCCUUCUCAAAGGCCCUUCCACCUCCUCUCCCGCUUCUCCCACCUCCAGCCCUACCGAACCUGAUGACCAGGGCAGUGGCGAUGACAAAGAUUGCGAAGAAGAAGAUACGGAGAAGAUCGACGAACGAGAUGCAGUCGGAAUAGUUGAUCCUCAAUCCAAACCCAAGAGCUUGUUGGCAAAAGUUUGGAAUUGGGUUACGCGUAAACCUUUGAACGAGAGGGAUUGGGAUGAUGAUUAUGGAUAUGACUACCAAGAUGAGGUCGAGGGAGAGUGGUAUGAUGCUCAGGAGUAA